CUCAUUCCUCGUGUGACGAAGGGGCGUGAGCUGCAUUUCCUGCUCUGCCGCCGGGCAAGAUGGAGCAUGUGUUAUACAAACAGCUGCCUCAACAAACAGCAACUCUCGUUGACAUCCAGCCCCAGGGAUCCAGAGAGGCAGAGGCCUUCGUAAAAGCGUUCCUGAAGCGCAGCUUGCCUCAGAAGAGCGAUGAAGCCAUCCAGGAUCACUUCACCCGAAAAGCAGUUGUCCUUGAACACUCCCACAAGAAGAGAAAGCAGCAGCAGCGGAGGAAGAAGAAGAAAGGGCUCUCUGCCAAGCAGAGGAGAGCGAUGCAUCUCUUUGAGAUUAAACCAGAGCAGCAAAGAUAUGAAAUCUUUCUGCCAUUGCACGAACUAUGGAAGCAGUACAUCAGGGAUCUCUGCAAUGGACUCAGACCAGAUGCACAACCACAGAUGAUUCAGAACAAAUUGCUAAAAGCUGACUUUCAUGGAGCUCUUGUUACAGUGAGUAAAUCCAAAUGCCCCUCCUAUGUCGGCCUCACGGGCAUCAUCCUACAGGAGAUGAAGCAUGUCUUCAAGAUUAUCACGAAAGAAGACAAGCUGAAAAGUACGCAUGGAGCACAUCCUAAUCGCAGUGGUUUCAUCCUUGAGCCGCGUUACAUCGCCGAAAGAAUCGCAUCUCCUUUUCCAUUGUCGUUAUUCCGAAGCAAAACAAUGUCUUCAGCAUGGAGACGGAUGGCUUUGUGUCCUACAUCUACGGAAGCAGGAUUCAGUUCCGCGCCAGUGAGCGUUCCGCGAAGAAGUUCAAAGGAAGAGGGACGCUGGACCUUUAGUUCUUCUAGAAGUUCAGGACUGAUGCCUUAUUUCCAAGGGGUGGAAAGUAUAUUCCUAAGAACGUAUCACAGGCAGAGAGUUAAAGCCAGAGUUGGGCAUGUCAGAAGACAUAUGAUAAAUGAUGGCAAUCAGAUAUGUAUCCCACCUAAAAUAUGAGGGGACUUCAAAAAGUUUCCACACUUUUAUAUUUUAUAAAUAUUAUAUAUAUAUAUAUAUAUAUAUAUAUAUAUAUAUAUAUAUAUAUAUAUUGCUGAUGGCAUUAAAAAGUUGGUACAACAUGAUAAAAAUGCAUUGCGAAUGAAGGUGACUGUGAAAAGGGAUGUACUUUGUUUUUGAGAUUCUUCAUUAAUAGAGUUUUUAAAAGUGUGGAAACUUGAAGACCCUCGUAUGCAUUUCUUCUUGUAUUUCAAACUUUCUGUAAAUAAUUCCUUGUUCUCAAUGUUGUUAAACUUGUUCAAUAAAAUUGUUCCUUCCA